AUGUCAUCAACGAACGGCACGCCAGAAGUGAACAUUGGGCCACGCCCUGUCAAGAAGAAGCAAUUGAUCCUGAACGCCUUUGUCGAAACAUGCUCGGGACAUCAGUCUCCUGGGUUGUGGAAGCACCCCACGGACAAGUCACACGAAUUCAAUACACUGUCACAUUGGACAAGCCUCGCUCAGCUUCUCGAGCGCGGCAAGAUCCACGGCAUCUUCAUCGCCGACGUACUCGGCGGCUACGACGUGUAUUCGCAGUCCCUCGACCCAGCCAUCCGUUCGGGCGCACAGUGGCCAGUCCAUGAGCCUCUGGCCUCGAUCCCCGCCAUGGCCGCGGUGACGAAAUCCAUCGGCUUUGGCGUGACGGUCUCGACAACGUAUGAGCAGCCGUACCACCUCGCCCGCCGUCUGUCGACGCUGGACCACCUGACCAACGGCCGCCUGGGCUGGAACAUCGUGACGUCGUACCUCGACUCCGCGGCUCGAAACAUGGGCCUGGUCGCACAGCCACAGCACGACGACCGCUACGCCAUGGCCGAAGAGUACAUCAAAGUCAUGUACAAGCUGUUCGAGUCGUCGUGGCGCGACGACGCCGUGAAACUGGACCGCAAGGCCGGCGUGUACACGGACCCUGCGCUUGUGCGGCAGAUCGACCACGCGGGGAAGUUCUUCACCGUGCCGGGACCGCAUAUCUGCGCGCCGUCGCCGCAGCGCACGCCGCUCCUGCUGCAAGCCGGCACCAGCGCCAAGGGCAAGGAGUUCGCCGCGCAGCACGCCGAGGCUAUUUUUGUGUCUGCGCACGCGCCCGAGGCGUGCAAAGCGAGCAUCGCGGACGUGCGGAGGCUGGCCGGGGAGAAAUUCAGGCGUGAUCCAAAGAGCAUCAAGGUUCUCGCGCUCGUGACGCCCAUCCUGGGCAAGACCGAGGACGAGGCCCGCGCCAAGUACGCCGACUACAAGCGGUACGCCGACCUAGAGGGCGCGCUGGCCCUGUUCGGCGGCUGGACGGGCAUCGACCUGUCGCAGUACGACGACGACCAGGAGCUGCGCUACGUCGAGAGCAACGCCGUCCGCGCGACCGUGGAGAGCUACGCGCGCUUCAGCCCUGGCGCUGGCAAGUGGACACGGCAGACCAUCGCCGAGCACGUCAGCAUCGGCGGCAACGGGCCCGUGCUGGUCGGCACGCCCGCCCAGGUUGCCGACAGCUUGCAGGCGUGGGUCGACGUCGCCGACGUCGACGGCUUCAACAUCGCCUACUCCGUGUUUCCCGCCAGCUUCGAAGAUGUCGUUGAGCUCCUUGUCCCAGAGCUGCAGGCCAGGGGCCUCUUCUGGGACGACUACGCUGUGCCGGGUGGCACGUAUCGCGAGAACUUCUACGGACUCGAAGGCCAAAAGGGUCUGCCGGAUGAGCAUGUUGGUAGCCGAUAUAGAUGGAGGGACGGGUUGGAAGCUGCAGAGCACAAGAUACCAGAUUAA